AUGGACGAUCAUUGUGUCUACGCCACAUCCAAGGUUGCCUCCAAUCCCUUCCUUUCCUCCAGGUGGAUUCGCCGAAAACGACAUCUGCUUAUUAUCUUGGCUCUUGCACUUGAUCUCCUCGUCCUUGCGCUGGCUUGGACAGUUCAACAACACGAUAUAUUCCUGGACACCAAUGACCACGUCAAGAUGCUCCAGAAAUUUCUCCCCGUAAUUGGUGCAUUAACUGGGCUUUGCGUGACCUCAGUGAAUGUUCUAGCCUUUACGGCUUUAAUCACAGAGUAUGCGAAGAUUAAGAUGGUCGACAAUGGUCUAACUCUUCAAGACUUGGGACAUCUCCAUUCGCUUGCGAACACCAAACUCGUGUUUACCUGGACGCCGCUUUUCGCUCUUGCUUGUCUCCUUCUCGUGGGUGAAGGGUUGAUUCCUACUGUCUGUGUGUCGAGCAUGACACCUUCCGAUUUCUCGUGGGUUACCACCGGAAGCACACCCGUCGUAGACUUCUCUGCUAGCUCUGGUAUUAUCCCUGAGAUUGAGUGCGAGUACGCCACAGCCAUGACUAAUAACCCCAAUGCGUACAGCUAUGGGACUAACUGUCCUAUAGACUACGCUUACGGAGACAUCUACAACGCCGGUCUGCAAUCCUUCCGGGGAACCUUCCCUACCAACACAACCCGCCAAGGUGUCUCUUACCCAUCUUCGCUUCUCGGCCUUUCCGGUGCUUUCACUUCUGCAAUGUCGACUCACGUCAGCUCGAUCACCAACAACCAAAAUCGGAAUAUCAGUUCAGACGACACCUUCGACACAUGUCUGCCGAGAGUUGUUGCAGAAGUGAACUGUUCUAGAGAACUGGAAGAUUUGCAGUGGUUCAAUGUGACGUAUGUCGCGCCUCCAGGAGGCGUACCUCAAGGAGUAGUCGGUGCCUCCCUCUGCGACAACAGUACAACUCCCAUUUCCUGCCAGGACCCACAAUACGGCAUUCAGUUCUCCACCGGAACCAUCGUGGCGACCUGGCAGAUGGAUCCAAACUCGGGAAAUUCAACUUUGAGUAUGUACAAUUUUGCAGCAUAUGCUGAUGCCAUGACGUCCUCUCAAAUUCAAUGCAAGACUGCCGCUUAUCAGACCCUCGAGCCCAUUCGCAUCACCGGCGGCGUUUCCGUUGAACCCAACCCGGAUACCGACUUCAAGUGCACCAACAGUGGUGAAGCCCAACCCACGCAGUUGUUUAUCCUGAACAUAACACGAAUUGCGGAUAUGGCUUUCAUAAAGAUGCAAGGGAAAGAUGGAAUAUUGGAGCCGAUUAGUUAUGUACCCAAUGGAACCGACCGCGUCUUCGCUCUCCAGGAGGCUCUUCGCACCAUGGUCUCCGUCGGAGCAACAGAGAUGUACGCCUUCCAAACUUCAAACUCCACCGUUCUCUCCUCCUACGACACUCCUGCCUCUCAACAACCCUACACAUAUACUACCACCCGCACACGUCUCGGCUCCAAAUCUGGGCACAUUCUCGCGUUCGCGUCAAGCACGGUGAUCCUCACAGGCACACUACUCUCUGGAUACAUCUACAUAUCUGCACUGCACUCCCCGGCAUUGCAUUCAAGCGCGGUACAUGUACAAGGAAUGACGAAGAAUCAUACGGCUCGAGAUCUGCCGUUCAAUCCACUGCACCCUGCGUCCAUCGCUCUAGCGGGACUGAACAGGAAUGAGCGAGAGACAUUACCGAGACAGGUGGAAGAGCAUCAUGUUGCGGACCCGGAUGGACUGCAUGACGUUCCGAUCGUGUUAAGGUAUGGGUUCGUCAACGAGAAGAGGCUUGGGUUGCACAUUAGUAUCGAUCCUUUGGAGGAGCCCACAAACGGUGCAUCAGAGGCCUCUACGAUGCUGCGGAGUAGGAAUGACUCAUUUCCGAUAUCUGAGGAGUCUGGGGGCUCGAGCUUGGGCGGAAGAUACGAGCAAGCGGGUGAAUACGGGAAGACGGAGCAUCUAAAGUAUUGGCCGGGAAAGCUUGAGAGUGGUAUGGAGGAAGUGAAGGAGUUUGACCCGAGGGUCUUGUACGACGAUCCUUUGCCUCUGAAGCCUUCGCUUAUCCUUGUACGUCUAGUACUCGGAGGCAGCGCGCACCUCACGCCCCUCAAAGAAUUGCAAGUUAGGACAGAUCCUGGGCAUAGACGACACUCGAGCUCAACUGGGCGGGUACAAGAAAUCUUAGCCUCUCUUCGCAGACGUGCAGAGGCAGUCUUUUGA